GCCUGGUUCGCACCGAGGUGGCACCCGCGGGAGCUGGCGGCGCCGCGGGUCAGGGGUCGCGGCGGGCUCGGCAGCCUGGGGUGUCCCGCGUUUUCGCUGGGUCCUGGACCCCGGGACGAGCAGCUGGCCGAGCGGCGCAGGAGGCAAAUGAAGAUAAAACAAUGGCUGCCAACCUAAAAUAUCUUUCCUUGGGAAUUUUGGUCUUUCAGACUACAAGUUUGGUUCUAACCAUGCGUUAUUCUAGGACUUUAAAAGAGGAGGGUCCUCGUUAUCUGUCUUCUACUGCAGUGGUUGUGGCUGAACUUUUGAAGAUAAUGGCCUGCAUUAUAUUAGUUUACAAAGACAGUAAAUGUAGUGUGAGAACACUGAAUCGAGUCCUCCAUGAUGAAAUUCUGAAUAAGCCCAUGGAGACACUUAAGCUUGCUAUUCCAUCAGGGAUCUAUACGCUUCAGAAUAACUUGCUCUAUGUUGCACUGUCCAAUCUAGACGCAGCCACUUACCAGGUCACGUAUCAGUUGAAAAUUCUUACAACGGCAUUAUUUUCUGUGUCCAUGCUUGGUAAAAAAUUAGGUGUGUACCAGUGGCUCUCUCUAGUAAUUUUGAUGACAGGAGUUGCUUUUGUACAGUGGCCUUCAGAUUCUCAAGAGCUUGAUUCCAAGGAACUAUCAGCUGGCUCUCAAUUUGUAGGCCUCAUGGCAGUUCUCACAGCAUGUUUUUCAAGUGGUUUUGCUGGCGUUUAUUUUGAGAAGAUCUUAAAAGAAACAAAACAAUCAGUGUGGAUAAGAAACAUUCAGCUUGGGUUCUUUGGGAGUAUAUUUGGAUUAAUGGGUGUAUACGUUUAUGAUGGAGAAAUGGUAUCAAAGAAUGGAUUUUUUCAGGGAUAUAACCAGCUGACAUGGAUAGUUGUUGUUCUUCAGGCACUUGGAGGCCUUGUAAUAGCUGCUGUUAUUAAAUAUGCUGAUAAUAUUUUAAAAGGAUUCGCAACCUCCUUGUCCAUAAUAUUAUCAACACUCAUAUCCUAUUUUUGGCUGCAAGACUUUGUGCCAACCAGUGUGUUUUUCCUUGGAGCCAUCCUUGUAAUAGCAGCUACUUUCUUAUACGGUUAUGAUCCCAAACCUGCAGGAAAUCCCAUUAAAGCAUAGUCAAGUACUCCCUAACUGGACUUACACUGGUCACUAGGAGUGUCAACAUCAUCUUGCAUGAAAGACUCCCUGCAGAUUCUGCGAAGAUACCAUCAUGCUAAUCUGAUCAGACUGUUCAAAUGGUUUGAAAAUAUUCAGGCUGAAGGAUAAACUGUGUGGACUGGAUAUGUGACAAAACACAUAACAUGAGGGACUAGACAGAAGAACCCUGGGAGAAACGUGAAGUCAGUUUAUACAGAGCUUACUUACUGUUUUGACUGCUGCACAGCUCUCCAAUGCACUCUUUGGAAGAGCACACAAAUGCCAGAUACCAAUGUUUGCAAAUUAGAUCUAUUUACUUUUAUUAAAUGUUUUUUAUCUUACUCUUUCUUUAUAGAUACAUAAAAUCACAGGGAAUAUUUAAGGUUUGAAAAUCACAAUUUCAUAUGAAGCUGUGAAAACAACAAAUACCAUUGAAAACAAAUGUUUUCAUGUAUCAGAUUUUAUAUAUCCAUACAAAAUUAUGUUAAAAGGAUUGCUAAAUGUGGUUUGUUCACAUACGUACAGUUUGAUAAAGUAACAUCCUGGGUCUGAUUUGUCAGAGAAUAAGAUUCAUAUUUAAGCUGAGUGCAGAGAGAAUCUUUUUCUCCAUGUAUAUCUUCAGACCAUUUUGUGCACUGAGACAGCUGAGAGCAGUCCAGUUGUUCACAUGCUACAGUGGCAAGUGGAUUUUAUAAUCAUGGAGUUUUACCCUUCAUUUUUUUUGUUGCAUUUCUUUUCCAUGAAUAAGAUAAAUCCUUAAUAUUACUUUACUUAAAUUUGUGUGGGUUGGAUGUGAUUAAAGUUUUAAAAUUAAGAGAUUACUUAUUUAAUAAUUGAAAAUAAUUAUUACUAAUAGUGCCAUAUGGAGAAAUUUAAACUGUUAAACAUACCCUGUAUACAAUUGUAAAAUUUUUAAUGAAUAAUUUACACAUUGAUCUGUAGUAGAAACUUUAAUUUGCAAUUGUUGACAAAAACAACCAAAAAGUAGUACAUAUCAGCCAAGACCAAGAUCUGAAUGACUCUUCCUACAGCAUUCCCUAGCCAUACUACACUACUUAAAGUGACACUGUAACUUUCUCAGUUCAAGGCUGGUUAGAAGCAUUUUUCUAGGCCUUUCAUAAGCCCCACUGUGUCCAGGAAUAACUGCAUCAUUUGAUGAGAAGUUAGCUGCAUACUGAGUUCCCUAACUGGUUCCCCUCAAGAGCUGCUGGGAAGGAGCCACCAUCUUGCUAUAAAAUAGUGGACCCCCCCCCCCUUUUUGAACACUGGAAUUGAACGUACAGAUUAUGAGUUAUGUAAUUUAAGUUGGUUCAAGGAAACGUGAAUAUAUUUAAAGUAGCAAGAUUAAUUGGUAUAUAAAAUGGUUUCUAUGAUUGGAAUAUAGGUUUAAUUUAAUUAUUGACUAUAUACAGAAUUGUAUAGAGUUUAAGAAGUACUUUAUUUUUUUCAUUUAUACUGUAUAUAUUUUAAAAGUCUGUCCAAAAACCUGUAAAAGGAUAAAUAUUUUUAUAUAGUUCUAAGCGAUUUUGUUAAAUUGAGGUUGACUCAAAAAUACUUUUGUUUAAACCUGUUGGUAAUCUUGGUGAAUACAGACUGGCUAGUUUACCCUGUUAUCUUAAUACAGACUGGCUACUUUAGCUUGCUAAUGCAAACAGUCUCCAUAGAUUGCAAACUCCAUUCAGAGUUUUAAAGUUCGUAAAAUUAGGGAGAAAAAAAAAAUUGUUCUUGUUUUUGAAGCAGGGUCUCUUUGUAGCACAGCCUGGCUUUAAAUUCACAGUGAUCUGGAGAUGGCUUAGCAGUUAAGGCGCUUGCCUGUGAAGCCUA